AUGACCGCCCCGAACAUCCACUUAAUGGUUAUCGAGAUGCUGGACCCUUUAAACAGUAUGCAUGACCUAAAAUGUGUCCUCAAGUUCAAUGGUGACCCACCUCCCCCCAAAUUCAUGGUAUUUUGCAAUGAGCGCAAAGAGACAGAGCGAUUAUGCGAAUUUGCACGGUCAGAAGCACCACCUACUGUGGCUAAAAAGCUGGUCUGGUUUCAUUCAGGCAUGAGUACUGAUUUUCGAGCUGAGACGAUUGAGAACCUUCGGAAGGGGGAGAUAUGGGGUAUCUUCUGCACAGAUGCGGCUGGUAUGGUCAGUCAUUACAUUAAAAUAUAUGUGCAAAGCUCAUACCUUACAGGGCCUAGACCUUCGUGA